GGGUGAGGCGGCGGCGGCGGGGCCGGGCGAGGUCCGCUGCGGUCCCAGCGGCUCCGCGGCUGCUCCGCUCUGAGUGCCUGGCGCGCCCCGCGCCCUCCCUGCCGGGGCCGCUGGGCCGGGGAUGCACGCGGGGCCCGGGAGCCAUGGUCCGCUUCGGGGACGAGCUGGGCGGCCGCUAUGGGGGCCCCGGCGGCGGGGAGCGGGCCCGGGGCGGCGGGGCCGGCGGGGCAGGGGGCCCGGGCCCCGGGGGGCUGCAGCCCGGCCAGCGGGUCCUCUACAAGCAAUCGAUCGCGCAGCGCGCGCGGACCAUGGCGCUGUACAACCCCAUCCCGGUCAAGCAGAACUGCUUCACCGUCAACCGCUCGCUCUUCGUCUUCAGCGAGGACAACGUCGUCCGCAAAUACGCGAAGCGCAUCACCGAGUGGCCUCCGUUCGAGUACAUGAUCCUGGCCACCAUCAUCGCCAACUGCAUCGUGCUGGCCCUGGAGCAGCACCUCCCUGAUGGGGACAAAACGCCCAUGUCCGAGCGGCUGGACGACACGGAGCCCUAUUUCAUCGGGAUCUUUUGCUUCGAGGCAGGGAUCAAAAUCAUCGCUCUGGGCUUCGUCUUCCACAAGGGCUCUUACCUGCGGAAUGGCUGGAACGUCAUGGACUUCGUGGUCGUCCUCACAGGGAUCCUUGCCACGGCUGGAACUGACUUCGACCUGAGAACACUGAGGGCUGUGCGUGUGCUGAGGCCCCUGAAGCUGGUGUCUGGGAUUCCAAGUUUGCAGGUGGUGCUCAAGUCCAUCAUGAAGGCCAUGGUUCCACUCCUGCAGAUCGGGCUGCUUCUCUUCUUUGCCAUCCUCAUGUUUGCCAUCAUUGGCCUGGAGUUCUACAUGGGCAAGUUCCACAAGGCCUGUUUCCCCAACAGCACAGAUGCAGAGCCCGUGGGUGACUUCCCCUGUGGCAAGGAGGCCCCAGCCCGGCUGUGUGAGGGCGACACUGAGUGCCGGGAGUACUGGCCAGGACCCAACUUUGGCAUCACCAACUUUGACAACAUCCUGUUUGCCAUCUUGACGGUGUUCCAGUGCAUCACCAUGGAGGGCUGGACUGACAUCCUCUACAAUACAAACGAUGCGGCCGGCAACACCUGGAACUGGCUCUACUUCAUCCCUCUCAUCAUCAUCGGCUCCUUCUUCAUGCUCAACCUGGUGCUGGGCGUGCUCUCGGGGGAGUUUGCCAAGGAGCGAGAGAGGGUGGAGAACCGCCGCGCCUUCCUGAAGCUGCGCCGGCAGCAGCAGAUCGAGCGAGAGCUCAACGGCUACCUGGAGUGGAUCUUCAAGGCGGAGGAAGUCAUGCUGGCCGAGGAGGACAGGAAUGCAGAGGAGAAGUCCCCUUUGGACGCAGUGCUGAAGAGAGCGGCCACCAAGAAGAGCAGAAAUGACCUGAUCCACGCAGAGGAGGGAGAGGACCGGUUUGCAGAUCUCUGUGCUGUUGGAUCCCCCUUCGCCCGCGCCAGCCUCAAGAGCGGGAAGACAGAGAGCUCGUCAUACUUCCGGAGGAAGGAGAAGAUGUUCCGCUUUUUUAUCCGGCGCAUGGUGAAGGCUCAGAGCUUCUACUGGGUGGUGCUGUGCGUGGUGGCCCUGAACACACUGUGUGUGGCCAUGGUGCAUUACAACCAGCCGCGGCGGCUCACCACGGCGCUGUAUUUUGCAGAGUUUGUUUUCCUGGGUCUCUUCCUCACAGAGAUGUCCCUGAAGAUGUAUGGCCUGGGGCCCAGAAGCUACUUCCGGUCCUCCUUCAACUGCUUCGACUUUGGGGUCAUCGUGGGGAGCGUCUUUGAAGUGGUCUGGGCGGCCAUCAAGCCGGGAAGCUCCUUUGGGAUCAGCGUGCUGCGGGCCCUCCGCCUGCUGAGGAUCUUCAAAGUCACGAAGUACUGGAGCUCCCUGCGGAACCUGGUGGUGUCCCUGCUGAACUCCAUGAAGUCCAUCAUCAGCCUGCUCUUCUUGCUCUUCCUGUUCAUUGUGGUCUUCGCCCUGCUGGGGAUGCAGCUGUUUGGGGGACAGUUCAACUUCCAGGAUGAGACUCCCACAACCAACUUUGACACCUUCCCUGCCGCCAUCCUCACUGUCUUCCAGAUCCUGACGGGAGAGGACUGGAAUGCAGUGAUGUAUCAUGGGAUCGAGUCGCAAGGCGGCGUCAGCAAAGGCAUGUUUUCAUCCUUUUACUUCAUUGUCCUGACGCUGUUCGGAAACUACACUCUGCUGAAUGUCUUUCUGGCCAUCGCUGUGGACAACCUGGCCAACGCCCAAGAGCUGACCAAGGAUGAAGAGGAGAUGGAAGAAGCAGCCAAUCAGAAGCUUGCUCUGCAAAAGGCCAAAGAAGUGGCCGAAGUCAGCCCCAUGUCUGCCGCGAACAUCUCCAUCGCUGCUUUUGUAAAGCAAGCUCGAGGUACUGUAUCUCGCAGCUCAUCUGUCUCCAGCGUGAACUCACCCAGGCAGCAGAACUCGGCCAAGGCGCGCUCGGUGUGGGAGCAGCGGGCCAGCCAGCUACGGCUGCAGAACCUGCGGGCCAGCUGCGAGGCGCUGUACAGCGAAAUGGACCCCGAGGAGCGGCUGCGCUUCGCCACUACGCGCCACCUGCGGCCCGACAUGAAGACGCACCUGGACCGGCCGCUAGUGGUGGAGCUGGGCCGCGACGGCGCGCGGGGGCCUGUGGGAGGCAAGGCCCGGCCUGAGGCUGCGGAGGCCCCCGAGGGCGUCGACCCUCCGCGCAGGCACCACCGGCACCGCGACAAGGACAAGACCCCCGCGGCGGGGGACCAGGACCGAGCAGAGGCCCCGAAGGCGGAGAGCGGGGAGCCCGGUGCCCGGGAGGAGCGGCCGCGGCCGCACCGCAGCCACAGCAAAGAAGCUGCGGGGCCCCCGGAGGCGCGGAGCGAGCGCGGCCGAGGCCCAGGCCCCGAGGGCGGCCGGCGGCACCACCGGCGCGGCUCCCCGGAGGAAGCGGCCGAGCGGGAGCCCCGACGCCACCGCGCGCACCGGCACCAGGAUCCGGGCAAGGAGUGCGCCGGGGCCAAGGGCGAGCGGCGCGCGCGGCACCGCGGCGGCCCCCGAGCGGGGGCCCGGGAGGCGGAGAGCGGGGAGGAGCCGGCGCGGCGGCACCGGGCCCGGCACAAGGCGCAGCCUGCGCAGGAGGCUGUGGAGAAGGAGGCCACGGAGAAGGAGGCUGAGAUAGUGGAAGCCGACAAGGAGAGGGAGCUCCGGAACCACCAGCCCAGGGAGCCACACUGUGACCUGGAGACCGGUGGGACUGUGACUGUGGGCCCUAUGCACACACUGCCCAGCACAUGUCUCCAGAAGGUGGAGGAACAGCCAGAGGAUGCAGACAAUCAGCGGAACGUCACUCGCAUGGGCAGUCAGCCCCCAGACCCGAACACUGUUGUACACAUCCCAGUGAUGCUGACUGGCCCUCCUGGGGAAGCCACGGUCGUUCCCAGUGGUAACGUGGACCUGGAAAGCCAAGCAGAGGGGAAGAAGGAGGUGGAAGCAGAUGACGUGAUGAGGAGCGGCCCCCGGCCCAUCGUCCCAUACAGCUCCAUGUUCUGUUUAAGCCCCACUAACCUGCUCCGCCGCUUCUGCCACUACAUCGUGACCAUGAGGUACUUCGAGAUGGUCAUUCUCGUGGUCAUCGCCUUGAGCAGCAUUGCCCUGGCUGCUGAGGACCCAGUGCGCACGGACUCGCCCAGGAACAAUGCUCUGAAAUACCUGGAUUACAUUUUCACUGGUGUCUUUACCUUUGAGAUGGUGAUAAAGAUGAUCGACUUGGGACUGCUGCUUCACCCUGGGGCCUAUUUCCGGGACUUGUGGAACAUUCUGGACUUCAUUGUGGUCAGUGGUGCCCUGGUGGCGUUUGCUUUCUCGAGCUUCGUGGGAGGAUCCAAAGGGAAAGACAUCAAUACCAUCAAGUCCCUGAGAGUCCUUCGCGUCCUGCGGCCCCUCAAGACCAUCAAACGGCUGCCCAAGCUCAAGGCUGUGUUUGACUGUGUGGUGAACUCCCUGAAGAAUGUCCUCAACAUCUUGAUUGUCUACAUGCUCUUCAUGUUCAUAUUUGCCGUCAUUGCGGUGCAGCUCUUCAAAGGGAAGUUUUUCUACUGCACAGAUGAAUCCAAGGAGCUGGAGAGGGACUGCAGGGGUCAGUAUUUAGAUUAUGAGAAGGAGGAAGUGGAAGCUCAGCCCAGGCAGUGGAAGAAAUACGACUUUCACUACGACAAUGUGCUCUGGGCCCUGCUGACGCUGUUCACAGUGUCCACGGGAGAAGGCUGGCCCAUGGUGCUGAAACACUCCGUGGAUGCCACCUAUGAGGAGCAGGGGCCGAGCCCUGGGUACCGCAUGGAGCUGUCCAUCUUCUACGUGGUCUACUUUGUGGUCUUUCCCUUCUUCUUUGUCAACAUCUUUGUGGCCUUGAUCAUCAUCACCUUCCAGGAGCAGGGGGACAAGGUGAUGUCUGAAUGCAGCCUGGAGAAGAACGAGAGGGCUUGCAUUGACUUCGCCAUCAGCGCCAAACCCCUGACACGGUACAUGCCCCAAAACAGGCAGUCGUUCCAGUAUAAGACGUGGACAUUUGUGGUCUCCCCGCCCUUUGAGUACUUCAUCAUGGCCAUGAUAGCCCUCAACACCGUGGUGCUGAUGAUGAAGUUCUAUGAUGCACCCUAUGAGUACGAGCUGAUGCUGAAAUGCCUGAACAUCGUGUUCACAUCCAUGUUCUCCAUGGAAUGCGUGCUGAAGAUCAUCGCCUUUGGGGUGCUGAACUAUUUCAGAGAUGCCUGGAAUGUCUUUGACUUUGUCACUGUGUUGGGAAGUAUUACUGAUAUUUUAGUAACAGAGAUUGCGAACAAUUUCAUCAACCUCAGCUUCCUCCGCCUCUUCCGAGCUGCGCGGCUGAUCAAGCUGCUCCGCCAGGGCUACACCAUCCGCAUCCUGCUGUGGACCUUUGUCCAGUCCUUCAAGGCCCUGCCCUACGUGUGUCUGCUCAUUGCCAUGCUGUUCUUCAUCUACGCCAUCAUCGGCAUGCAGGUGUUUGGGAAUAUUGCCCUGGAUGAUGACACCAGCAUCAACCGCCACAACAACUUCCGGACGUUUUUGCAAGCUCUGAUGCUGCUGUUCAGGAGCGCCACGGGGGAGGCCUGGCACGAGAUCAUGCUGUCCUGCCUCAGCAACCAGGCCUGUGAUGAGCAGGCCAAUGCCACCGAGUGUGGAAGCGACUUUGCCUACUUCUACUUCGUCUCCUUCAUCUUCCUGUGCUCCUUUCUGAUGUUGAACCUCUUUGUGGCUGUGAUCAUGGACAAUUUUGAGUACCUUACGCGGGACUCUUCCAUCCUAGGUCCUCACCACUUGGACGAGUUCAUCCGGGUCUGGGCUGAAUACGACCCGGCUGCGUGUGGGCGCAUCAGUUACAAUGACAUGUUUGAGAUGCUGAAACACAUGUCCCCACCUCUGGGGCUGGGGAAGAAAUGCCCUGCUCGAGUGGCUUACAAGCGCCUGGUUCGCAUGAACAUGCCCAUCUCCAACGAGGACAUGACUGUCCACUUCACGUCCACACUGAUGGCCCUCAUCCGGACGGCACUGGAGAUCAAGCUGGCCCCAGCUGGGACAAAGCAGCAUCAGUGUGAUGCAGAGCUGAGGAAGGAGAUUUCCGUUGUGUGGGCCAAUCUGCCUCAGAAGACUUUGGACUUGCUGGUACCACCCCAUAAGCCUGAUGAGAUGACAGUGGGGAAGGUUUAUGCAGCUCUGAUGAUAUUCGACUUCUACAAGCAGAACAAAACCACCAGAGACCAGAUGCAGCAGGCUCCUGGAGGCCUCUCCCAGAUGGGUCCUGUGUCCCUGUUCCACCCUCUGAAGGCCACCCUGGAGCAGACACAGCCGGCUGUGCUCCGAGGAGCCCGGGUUUUCCUUCGACAGAAGAGUUCCACCUCCCUCAGCAAUGGCGGGGCCAUACAAAACCAAGAGAGUGGCAUCAAGGAGUCUGUCUCCUGGGGUACUCAAAGGACCCAGGAUGCGCCCCACGAGGCCAGGCCACCCCUGGAGCGUGGCCACUCCACAGAGAUCCCUGUGGGGCAGUCAGGAGCACUGGCUGUGGACGUUCAGAUGCAGAGCAUAACCCGGAGGGGCCCUGAUGGGGAGCCCCAGCCUGGGCUGGAGAGCCAGGGUCGAGCGGCCUCCAUGCCCCGCCUUGCGGCCGAGACUCAGCCCGUCACAGAUGUCAGCCCCAUGAAGCGCUCCAUCUCCACGCUGGCCCAGCGGCCCCGUGGGACUCAUCUUUGCAGCACCACCCCGGACCGCCCACCCCCUAGCCAGGCGCCGCACCACCACCACCACCGCUGCCACCGCCGCAGGGACAGGAAGCAGAGGUCCCUGGAGAAGGGGCCCAGCCUGUCUGCCGAUACGGAUGGCGCACCAAGCAGUGCUGCGGGGCCGGGGCUGCCCCCGGGAGAGGGGCCUACAGGCUGCCGGCGGGAACGAGAGCGCCGGCAGGAGCGGGGCCGGUCCCAGGAGCGGAGGCAGCCCUCAUCCUCCUCCUCGGAGAAGCAGCGCUUCUACUCCUGCGACCGCUUCGGGGGCCGUGAGCCCCCGAAGCCCAAGCCCUCCCUCAGCAGCCACCCCACGUCGCCAACAGCUGGCCAGGAGCCAGGACCCCACCCACAGGGCAGUGGUUCCGUGAAUGGGAGCCCCUUGCUGUCAACAUCUGGUGCUAGCACCCCCGGCCGCGGUGGGCGGAGGCAGCUCCCCCAGACGCCCCUGACUCCCCGCCCCAGCAUCACCUACAAGACAGCCAACUCCUCACCCGUCCACUUCGCCGGGGCUCAGACCAGCCUCCCUACCUUCUCCCCGGGCCGGCUCAGCCGUGGGCUUUCCGAACACAACGCCCUGCUGCAGAGAGACCCUCUCAGCCAGCCCCUGGCCCCUGGCUCUCGAAUCGGCUCUGACCCUUACCUGGGGCAGCGUCUGGACAGUGAGGCCUCUGUCCACGCCCUGCCUGAGGACACGCUCACUUUCGAGGAGGCUGUGGCCACCAACUCGGGCCGCUCCUCCAGGACUUCCUAUGUGUCCUCCCUGACCUCCCAGUCUCACCCUCUCCGCCGCGUGCCCAACGGUUACCACUGCACCCUGGGACUCAGCUCGGGUGGCCGAGCACGGCACAGCUACCACCACCCUGACCAAGACCACUGGUGCUAGCUGCACCGUGACCACUCAGACGCCUGCAUGCAGCAGGCGUGUGUUCCAGUGGAUGAGUUUUAUCAUCCACACGGGGCAGCAGGCCCUGGGGGUUGGCCUCGCCCACCUUGGUGAGGUUCCUGUGGCCCCUCCCUCCCCCUCCUCCCCUCUUUUACUCUAGACGACGAAUAAAGCCCUAUUAGAGGAUGCGGCUCUCUCUGUCCCCUUCCUGUCCUGCCUUCCUGGGUCUCGUACCACACACCAGACCCUAAACCGCAGGCUGCUGUGUGUGGCUGAGAAGGACCCAGGAGUCCAAAUCCCAUGUCCUGGGACUCAGCAUCCAGCAUGGGUGCUUGGAGCCGUUGUGAGGAGCUCUGCGUCCUGUGGGGAGCGCCCUUCAUGCGGCCGUGCGGCACAGAGAAGCAGGGCCCACCUGAAAGUGCGCCCAGACCUCUGGACGGAGGGGAUGGGGAGGGGGACACAGUCGUGGCUUGUGCAGCCCGCCAGUGUCAGUGAGUGCUCACUCAGACAAGCUCUGUCCCUCCCUGGACACCGUCAGCCCCGCAGAGCCCGAGUUGGAAAGUGUUCUUGCUGUGGUUUUGAUUUUUAAUUGCAACACCUCUCACUCUUGUCACUUCUAUAUACUUGAUGUAGAAAAAAUAGAAAAACAGAAAAAUGGGGAAGGAAAUGUUCACAUAACUUUAAAAAAUCAAACCUGUGGAAGAAAGAUGUCAGCUUUUCGCCACGUGUCUUUGUGGCUUACGUGAGGAGACUCCCUGUGCAGCCCUGUCCAGUCCAGGUGGACCCUAGACGGCCCCUGGCUCUGCUGCUCUUGACCAAGUGCCUGACCGCCAGGCCCUCACACCCAGGCUCCUGGGCACUGUGGUGUGAGGCGAGGCCUUGGGAUCCAUCACCGCAGGAUGUUGUGAAAAGUACUCGCAAUGGCAGCCAGGUAGCAAGCCCUUGCCAGUGGAGAGCACUGGAUGUCAUGGUGGCAAACAAGGCAGCCAUUUGCUGUCCUCCCACGAGUGGAAGGGGUUUCCAAGGAAGCCACAGGGCAGCUGACCAUGUGCUUGUGUGAAGCAUUUUCGGUCUGUUCUGCAUCUGAUUCUCAGGGCACACUCUGUGGUGUGUGAAAUAGGUUUCCUUCCACAUACAGCAGAAGAGAGGGAAGGGCUGGCAGGAAGGAGGGAGACAUUGGCUGGGGGCUUGGAUGUGGGGCCGUCAGGGCAGGAGGGAGGAAGCCCCAGCUGGAAUGAAACUCAGAGCAAGUGACCGAGGGAGGACACGGCUCCUGCCACUGAGGCCGGGCACCUGAUGCCCAGCACUGUCCUGGCACCAGACACAGGGAGCAGGCAGUCAAGUGAGGUCUGACCCCCAUGGCCAUGCUCAGGAGAGAAAGACCAUGCUCAGGACACUGUCCAAGGUGCACAAGAUGCUGGGAGGUCCUUUGUUUUGUGAAGAAAGGGAUCAUUUAGAGCAGUUGGUGGUGGUGUGUCCUCUGUGUUCUGAAAUUCCAGAUGAUCUGUGUUGGAUUCUUGGCUUCUACCCCAUGAUUCUCCUCAAAGAAAUUGUGUGUGAUGCGUGUGUGUGUGUGUCUGUGUCACAGGAGACACAGCGGCUGUGCAGGUGUGUUCAGUGUGUGGAUGUCAUUAACCCAUAGGGCUAUGCAACAAAAGACACAUUUAAUAGAAAUAAAACACACAAGACCGCUGCCUGGUCUCGGGGUUCAGCAUGAUCGUGACCAAACCUUUUUAUAGAAUUUCCUUACCUGAAGGCACAACACUCUGAAACUUUAAAGAUAACAGAGUAUUUUAUUCCAAUAGAAUAAACCAGGAAUCUCGGACUGUGCAUGUGAUCACUGUGCUCAUGUUGCAAAGUAGAAGGAUGUGUAUUUUGACACUGAUGUUUUGUCUCUUGUUCCCCCGCCCCCAGCCCAUGUUAUCUUGGGUGUCAAAUGUGUCCAUUCCAUGCAGAACCACAGCCAUUUCCCCAGGCAGUGUUGGGUCGAGAAUCCACUUUUCUAGACCCACACAGCCUAGCUGGCUUGUCUAGACUUUUCUAGGCAUUGGAAUUGAUGAAAACUACAGGGAGCGGGGAAAGGAGACAUUAUGUCUUGUUUUCCUGACUUUGGGUUUUGUUUCUCACUGUGUCUUCUCCAGCUAUCAUAUAUGUCCCCUGAAUCUCAUAGUGAGUUGCCAAAUUUGAAAUGCAUCACCCAGUUGUCUGCAUCUGGAACCAGUCAAGCAGUGGCUGUAGUUUGAACAAGUUAUGUGUGCAUGUAACAUAUAUACAUAUAUACAUAUAUACAAGUAUGUGCAUGAUAAUGUAUAUCUUCGUACUUUUUGAUACAAUGUAUUCAUUUGUUAAUUUUUAAUUAUAUUUGAUAUAAAUCAAAGGUUUGUUGCAAAACUUUAUAUUUAAGAAGUGUUAAAAAAAAAAAAAAGUCCCAACCAUGCAACACAACUGGGACGUACUUAAAAAAAAAUUCUGUGAUUGACUAGUUUGCUGCCUGAGUAAUAUUUAUCAGCCAAACUUUGGAUUCUGCUAUUGUUUCUACAAUGACAUUUUGUAUGAAGCAAAGUCCUUGAAUUAAAAUAAAAACUUAGCAAAAAAUCAAAAACAAAA